AUGUCAGAUGACUGGGGUUGCAACGUUGAACUUUUUGGAGAAAACCCGAACGACUCUUCCAGUCAAACCCUCACACAACUUGUAGACUGCUUGACAGCCAAGAAAGAUGCGGUAAAUAAAGAUUUCGGAUUAUGUUGAAAUCAAUUAUAGGUCAGCAAGGUCAAGUCCUCAGACAAUUUCUUCCCUCUACGAUUACCACAAGAGAACGUCCAAGUUGUUCCAUGUAUAUACAAACGUCCUUCUCCGUGCGCUCCGAAAAUACUGAAGAAGAAAAACAAAAACGCCAUUUCAAAAAAAGAAACUUCAGUGAAGCGCGUUACGUUCGAGGUAUAUUUCAUUUUUCUGUGUUUACCUUCUUUUUUUUCUCGUUUUAGGUCGAACAAUUACUUGCGAGGGAAGCUUGCAAGGAGGAUAGCGAAUCUGCUAAGGAAAGGCUUGUGGUCAGUUUUGGCAGCGUUUUUUCUUAUUUUUCCGUCUCAGUUUCAUUAUUCAGCAAUCUCUUGGCGGACUCCCUCUGAAAAAACCUUACGCUAAUUACAAGAAGCACAAGGAGGAAAUAGCGAGGAAAAAAACCGAUAGUUCGCAACGGUGA